AUGACAUCGGUUGAGGCACAACUAGCUAAUAUUAGCACCCAAAUGACAUCGAUGGUUAAAGCAGUAUCUUCCAUGCAUCUGAACUCACAACCUCAAAUUGUUGCAAUGGUUAAAUGUGGACUGUGUCAAGGUGGGCAUCACACAGAUCAAUGCCAAAUGAUCCAAUCCCAAGAAACAGUUGAAGAUGUGAAUUACAUAGGCAAUAACCGCCAAGGUUUUAGCCAAGGGGGUCAAUUCAACAACAAUCAUCAGAACUGGAAACCUCAACAACAAGGGAAUUGGAACCAAGCUGGGUCAAGUAACAAUGGUGGGAACCAAUGGCGAAACAACUCCCAAUCCCCUGGUUUUGAUAAGAAACCUUCACUAGAAGAUCAGAUGGGACAGAUAUUCUCUUUCAUGUCAAAGAGUCAAAAAGAGAAUGAUUUCUUCAAAGAGAAAACAAUUGAGAAGUUUGGACAGCUCGAGGCUUCUAUGAAGAAUUUGGAAACACAAAUAGGGCAGCUUGCUACAGCUUCUCAUACAAGAACUCCCGGCACCAUUCCAAGUGAUACAGUGCCCAACCCCAAGGGAAAUGAACAUUGCAAAGCAGGCACCCUGAGAAGCGGAAGAAAUUUGGAUUCAAUGCCUUUAAUGGACGACCAAGACAUCUCAUUGGUGGAUCUUUUCACCAAUUUCCCGAGAUUCUCCAAGUUCUUCAAAGACAUGUUGGCGAACAAGGAGAAACUUCAAGAUGAGGGGAUUGUGGCAUUGAGCACGAAUUGCUCACAACUGAUAUCUGGAAUCAUGCCGACGAAGAGAAGAGAUCCAGGAGGUUGCAUCAUACCGAUUGAUAACAAUGCUCCUCCUGUGGAAAAGUAUGAUGCAACCUCUACCUUGAAAAGUAUGAUAACAAUACCGAUUGAUAACCGCUACCUUGAUCCAGUCUAG